AUGAGAAAACAAGGGUCUCCCAGAAGUGGAAAAAAUUCUGAGUUUAACGGUGCUACUAGAGUAAUGUUAGGAACAAAAGAUUACAAGAUAACGAGCGUUGAUUGUCGUUGGCAUUCGAAAACUUUGUUGCUACAUGGACUGAAAAAUGGUUCACCAAAAUACAAUACUAUUAGAGGCUUUUAUGUUGGAAAAAAGAAUAUCAGAACACUAGUUCUCAUGUUUGGAUUGUUGGCUUGUCUUUUCCUUCUUGAUUCUAUUUUCAUCUCGUUUUUCGAGUUUGAAAAUCUUCAACCAAGUAGAGGUUCAAAUAAUUCAAGUCAGCUUCAGGUGCAUGUUUCCUUCCUCCGCAAGAAACAAUCGCCUAUACAUAUGUAUGACCGUCUUCUAAACAUGGCUUCGAGUGCUCUUGCAGAGAGGGAGUUCAAGCAAGAGUCGUCUAAUUUAUGGAUGGAUCCUUAUAAACAAGCAUCUUUAUGGAAACCUUGUGCACAAAGCAAAGAUCAAACCAAGUCUGUGAAAAGUAAUGGCUACAUUUUAAUCAGUGCAAAUGGCGGUCUUAAUCAACAACGAGUUGCUAUUUGCAAUGCCGUGGCUGUGGCGUCUGUCCUGAAUGCAACUCUUGUUAUUCCGAAAUUUCUUUACAGUAAUGUAUGGAACGAUCCGAGCCAAUUUGGUGACAUAUACCAGGAGGAGCAUUUCAUAGAUAUCCUUAAGGAUGAUAUCAAAAUUGUGAAGGAACUUCCACCUGAUAUAAAGUCCAUGGAUGUAGAAGCAAUUGGAAGCCAGAUUACAGAUGCGGAUCUCGCAAAGGAGGCCACAGUUGGUGACUACAUUGAAACUGUGCUUCCUCUUCUUUUGAAAAAUAGAGUUGUUCACUUCCUUGGAUAUGCAAAUCGACUUGGUUUUGAUCCUUUGCCUUCGGAUAUUCAGAGGUUAAGAUGCAAAUGCAAUUUCCAUGCUUUGAAAUUUGUCCCAAAAAUUCAACAAGUUGGGUCUAUAUUGAUCAAAAGGAUUAGAAAAUAUAGAGCUUCACAAAGCAUGUUAGACACACAUUUGGUGGGGAAGUUCAUCCGCAACAAGGAAGGUCAUGAAGCUGCAAAAGGCUCAACGAAAUAUCUUGCUUUGCACUUACGAUUUGAAAUAGAUAUGGUGGCCUAUUCGUUGUGCGAGUUUGGAGGAGGCGAAAAUGAGAGAAACGAACUUCAAGCUUACAGAGAAAGACACUUCCCUCUCUUUCUCGAGCGCUUGAAGAAUUCAUCCUCUAUUUCUCCGACGAAUUUGAGAAAAAAGGGAAGAUGUCCAUUGACACCAGAAGAAGCGGCACUUGUUCUAGCAGGUCUUGGUUUCAAACAAGAAACUUACAUUUACUUGGCCGGUUCUCAUAUCUACGGGGAAAACUCAAGAAUGGAGGCCUUCAAUCGACUCUAUCCCAACAUAGUCACGAAGGAAAACCUUCUCACAGACACUGAACUAGCACCUUUCAAGAAUUUUUCUUCUCAGCUGGCUGCUUUGGAUUUUAUCGCAUGUGCAAGUGCUGAUGUAUUCGCCAUGACAGACUCUGGAAGCCAAUUUUCAUCAUUGGUAUCUGGAUUCAGAACCUACUAUGGCAGCGGUCACGCUCCUACUUUGCGGCCGAAUAAGACAAGAUUAGCUGCAAUUUUUACAGAGAAUGGCACCAUAGGAUGGAAUAGUUUUGAAUUCAGAGUAAAGAAGAUGAUUCUAGAAGGCCAGAAUGUUGCCAUAAGGAGUUACGGACGAAGCAUAUAUCGAUAUCCUAGGUGUCCAGAAUGCAUGUGCAAACACCAUUAG